GAGUAUAUAUAGGAGCAGUCAGUCCACAGAGGCAGUAUCCUCACCUCCUUUGUCACAGCAGGUGCUGAAAGGAAGAACAGGCUCAGCCAAUCAGCUUCCAGAGAGACCUCAACCAGCUCAGCGACCGGACAUGGCAUCGUGGGGUGACACCAAGCUCUUCUUCUGCCUCCUCUUCAUCACCUGCUGCUGCACAGUGACGUUGGCUCAGAUACCCAUGGACUGCUGCUUGAGCGUCAGAAACAAACCAGUACCAAAACAUGUGGUUGUUGAUUACCGUCGACAGAUCAGGGGACAUGGCUGCUCUAUUGAUGCCAUAGUUUUGCUGACCAAAGGUGGCAGGAAACUCUGUGUGCCUGCUGACGAACCGUGGAUCCAACUUGUGGUGAGGCACGUGGACACCCUGGGGCAAUUCUGCAAGAAACACAACUACAAGCACGAACGCUGCAGCAAAGUGAAGCGAGUGUAAACAUGAGGGCGACCUGUGAACUCUUCAACAACGGAGCCGGAGAGGAGCACCGCGAGUCAGGGAGGAGAAAAGAGGGAUCGAACCAAUGAAAUAAAUAAUUAUAGUGAGUCCUAUGACUACAGAGAGCUUUAUCUAUUUAACCAUUAUGUUUUAUAAAAUGGUGUUUGAGUCACAAUGAAAAUUGAAGGAUUUUAUAUAUAUUUUUUUUAAUGGUGUUUCUGUUUUAGUAGACCAAAAAUGUGAAAGUUUUUAAGAGUGUGUAACUGCUCACUAAACUAGCUCUGGAUUUAAAUUUGUUACGUGGGUUUUUUGGGGAUUAUUGACCUUUUUCAAAAAUA